AGGAAGUAGUUUAUUUAGUCUUUACCGUUUAACGCAUAUGUAUGUAGACAGAGCCGGACUGAUAUUUGCCUAUAUAGCAUUAAGAGGCCUACACCUAUAUUCCCAUACCGGUUUAAGACUGUAAAUACAGAGGUUUUUCUCAUCAACAGAACAAUGGAGAGUUUCCUGUUUGACAUCAUAUGCGCGGUUUUUGGACCGGUGGUUGCCAUUAUAGAGUCAAUAUUUCUCCGACUGGUUGUUUGGUACGACGACUAUAUAUACAGCCCGUUACAACGACUGAUUUCACCUGUGGUUGCUAGGAUACCGAGACACGUGGCUUUCGAAAACUCCAAAUACACGAUCUUCACAGCCAAUAUAGUGUCUUGCACGAGAACGAGUUUGACUGUGCCCAUCGUGUGGUUGGUGAAAUAUGACUAUUGCUGGGCAGCCUUUUCAUUGGUCCUUCUGCAUGACUUUCUGGAUCACGUUGACGGAAUCGUUGCUAAGGUGCAAAGGAGACUGUAUGGUGCGGUGGAUGACCCGUUGCUAGGUGGAUUUAUGGAUGCUUUCUGUGACAAGAUAGUGAACGUGACAUGUCUUUGGUCUCUGCUUCUGCUGACGGACUAUAGAGGCAUGACCCUGCGUCAGAUAGCUUUCUACAUUGGGGCAUGUGCAAUCAUUAUCAUUUACGAGUUCAUACUAGGAGUUGUGAGAGUUCAAGACUACUUUUCGGCGUAUUUCGCAAGAAAGUAUGGCAAAUCUGUGGCAACUGUUCAACUUUCAUCGACAGCAAUAAUGGAGGGGAAACUGAAGGAAAAAUUGGAGUCAUUGGGCAUUGCAUUUCUGUGUUUGUCACAAGCCUCUAAUGUAGUUAUGGACACAUAUAGCGGAAUCGCAGGCGUCACUUGUUUACUGCUGUCUGUGAGGUUGGCUCAUGCCAGUCUUCAACAGAAACUGAAUAUAAGAAAGAUGCACACUGCCUCUAACCAGGAUACAUCUGAGAAGCCGAAUCACACCAAAAAGAGUUACUCCGACGCUGUGAAAGAAGACAAAUACGAGGUUAAACCCCAUACGCAGGACUCAAAAGACAUUCCGACCGAAGAGGAAUCCAAGGGACGCAACUCUGACAAACCCAAGUUGAACAUCAGUCAACGGUUAAAAGAUUUCCCACAAGAAACCAAAGCGGCCUUUAACAUUGAACGGGCUCUUGGUCUUCCAAAACGAAACGGCAACACGGACGGUAGAGUGGAUAAAGUCUACACCAUUGGCUGUUUUGACUUGUUCCAUUUUGGCCAUGUUAUUUUACUCCGGAGAAUGAAGUCACUCGGGAAACAGGUGAUAGUUGGCGUACACGACAACAAAAGCAUUCAGCAGUUGAAAAACAGAGUUCCUAUCGAUGACACGGAGAAAAGAAUGACCAACGUAAAGAAAUAUGCAGAUGAGGUAUUCUGUGUUGCCAGUCCCAACCCUACCACAUUCUUACGGUGCAUGUUCAACCAGACAAAGAAUCAGUCCUGUUUGUACGUGCGCGGUGACGACAUGCCGAAUUUUCCCGCGAGAUCUCUCUGUGAGGCGUACAUGCCGAUUCACUUCCUACCAUACACAGCCGGUGUUAGCUCCACGUCACUGAGAGAAGUCUUCCUGAAAAGAAAACAUGAAGUGAAAAACAACAAAUUCGAAGAAGAUGAUUACAGCUUGUUUUACUGAGCAGAGUAUCUGAACAUAGAAAUUCAUUUUUGUAAUUUUGUAUAUGACCGGAAGAAAAGUGCUGUUGCAUGCUUGGUGAAUGUUUGUUUUUUUUAUAUAUUCAUCUGAAGACAGAAUUAAAUUGUCACCUUCAAAAAACCAAAUUUAAUGAAUAUGACUGCCUGGCAACCUUUUCUUGGUGAUUUCUCUAAAAGAUAUGUAACUGUGUAUUUUUGUAUUCUAAAAACAGUAAUUUGGGUAUUUUUAUAGUUUAAAAACUAUAUAGUUUAUAUAAACGUUUAUAGUUUUAAUCGUUGUUCAUAUUAUAUGUUGUCUAACAGCUGUUGUCUGUGUCAUGAAUGCUGAGACCGCUCGAUUUCGAUAAUAAAAUACGGGUUGUAGGCUGUGAUGUCAGAGCGACUGCUUUAUUCAAAAUCUUACAAUUUACAAAUUGAUGAAAUUCUUUAUUAAAGCAAGUCCUUAGAGCUAUCUUAACGCAACGAGUCAUAAUAUUCAUUACAUCACAGACUUUGUAGAUCCCGGUUUUACGCACAAAGAUUUCACUAGAAUGGCGUAAUGCCUGUUAACUUCCUUAAACACAUUUUAAUACACAUUUACUCAAAUUAUCAGUAUGGCAUUUUUAAUGUGAUGAAUGUGUGUAAAAUGAUUUCAUUACGGUGAUUGUGUGCAUGCACGUUAGCAUUACAUGUAUAUACCCUCAACAUCGGUUUUAGCGUCAGCUUCCUCGUUCAUCACGUCAGCCGCCUGGCCCGUGAAUGCAAUUUUUGCAUGUGUGAACCAUAUUCACAUUAGAGAUUUCAAGACUGACUGUCAUCUUUGCUGGGUAAUUUGAGUUCUGUUUAUAUACAUAUAACACGUUUCCACCCAAUCAAAUUCUAGAUCAAGAGUUACUUUGACCAAUCCGAGUGUCCGUCUUAAGUGCGUAUGGCUGGUUUGAGGUCACAUGCAGGAUCACACAAAUUGCAUAUAGGAAAAUUUCACUGAAAAUAUGUUCGGACAGAUUUCAUUACAUCACUUUCAUUAGUGUAUUCGGUGCUGGGUGGACAGGCCUGAAACUUUUGUUGAAUGCUUGGGAUAUGUGUGGUAUGGCUUAUUCUAGCAGUUACAUUUCAUUGCUCGAUUGAUGUGAAGUAAUACACACCUGUGGAAGCAGUAAUUCACCUUGUCAACGCCGUAAUAUGUUAAUUUUGGU